GAUCUGUGGUCACUUGUUCACGUGGUUUCGAAGCACAAUGAGUCACGCUGGCUCUUGGAAACUUUGGCUCUGCGCGGUAGUGCUCCUGCUUCCUGCUUCCACUUCCGUGACGGUCAGGGACAAGCCAGAAAAACAAUGUGCUAUGCUGAGAACAGAGGGACAUCAGUUUUUCCAAGACAACAGAGAUAAACUUGAAGUUUCAGGCUUUGAUCUAGGAGAGAGCUUCUCUUUGCGACGUGCAUUUUGUGAAGGUGAUAGAACCUGUUUCAAAUUGGGAAGUGCACUUCUUAUUAGAGAUACCAUUAAGGUAUUUCCCAAAGGCCUUCCUGAGGAGUAUGCCAUAGCAGCCAUGUUUCGUGUACGGAGAAGCACUAAGAAGGAACGGUGGUUUCUAUGGCAGGUUUUAAACCAGCAGAACAUGCCACAGGUUUCUAUAGUAGUUGACGGUGGAAAGAAGGUGGUAGAAUUUAUGUUCCGUGCUGCUGAGGGAGAAGUGCUGAACUACAUGUUUAAAAAUCGGGAACUCCGUUCUUUGUUUGAUCGUCAGUGGCAUAAACUUGGCAUUGGCAUACAAUCCCGGGGAGUUUCACUCUAUAUGGAUUGUAAUUUAAUUGCAAGCCGGCAUACCGAUGAAAAGGAUGCUGUGGACAUUCAAGGAAGGACUGUUAUCACCGCACGAGCUUCAGAUGGCAAGCCUGUGGACAUUGAACUUCACCAACUUAAAAUCUACUGUGACUCAAAUCUCAUAGCUAGAGAAACUUGUUGCGACAUAUCAGAUACUAAGUGCUCAGAGCAGGAUGGCAUUGGAAGUACCACAUCAUUAUCACUACCCGCUCAUGCCAGCAAAGUGUCUGCAUAUUUGCCAGCAAAGCAGGAACUUGAAAACCAGUGCCAAUGCAUUCCAAACAAGGGAGAAGCAGGAUUACCCGGAGUACCAGGCUCACCAGGUCAGAAAGGGGAUAAAGGAGAACCGGGUGCAGUUGGUAUUAAAGGUGAAUUUGGUGCUCCUGGAAUUCCUGGGGAAAGGGGUGAAAAUGGUUUCCGUGGAGCUCCAGGCUUAACUGGUCAAAAGGGAGAACAAGGUGUUGAAGGCAGCAAAGGAGAAAUUGGUGAAAAGGGUGAACAAGGAGAAAAAGGCGAUCCGGGUCUGGCUGGCAUUAAUGGAAAAGAUGGUUUGAAAGGUGACUUGGGUCCCCGUGGAGCACCUGGUCCCAAAGGAGAAAAGGGUGAAACAGGACCUCCAGGACCACCAGCCUUAACUGGAUCCCUGGGGAUUCAAGGCCCCCAAGGUCCACCUGGAAAAGAGGGUCAGAGGGGAAGACGAGGAAAAACAGGUCCCCCAGGAAAACCAGGACCCCCAGGACCCCCUGGACCUCCUGGACCACAAGAAAUGCAGCAGAAUCUUAGUGGAUAUUAUAAUAAGGGAAACUUUGGUGAACAUGGAGCUGGUGGCCCAAAAGGAGAGAAGGGAGAAACUGGACAACCAGGAUUUCCAGGGUCUGUUGGCCCUAAAGGCCAAAAAGGAGAAUCUGGGGAACCUUUUACAAAAGGUGAAAAGGGAGAUAAAGGAGAACCGGGGAUAAUAGGAUCACAAGGAAUAAAGGGUGAACCUGGAGAUCCUGGUCCCCCUGGUUUAAUAGGAAGCCCAGGACUCAAGGGUCAGCAAGGACCUGCAGGCUCUAUGGGACCCAGAGGACCACCUGGAGAUAUUGGGUUGCCAGGAGAACAUGGUAUCCCAGGAAAACAAGGCAUUAAAGGAGAAAAGGGAGAUGCAGGUGGGAUCAUCGGCCCUCCUGGGCUCCCAGGUCCAAAAGGUGAGGCCGGUCCUCCCGGGAAAAGCCUGCCUGGAGAUCCAGGAUUGGAUGGAAAUCCUGGGGCACCUGGGCCCCGUGGGCCAAAGGGAGAAAGAGGGCUGCCUGGUGUCCACGGCUCCCCAGGUGACAUAGGCCCACCAGGGGUCGGAAUUCCUGGCCGAACAGGCUCUCAAGGACCAGCUGGAGAGCCAGGUAUUCAGGGUCCUCGAGGCCACCCUGGAUUGCCAGGAACUCCAGGGAAUGAUGGAGCUCCAGGGAGGGAUGGAAAGCCAGGGCUGCCAGGCCCCCCAGGUGACCCGAUUGCACUUCCUCUCUUGGGAGACAUCGGUGUUUUGCUCAAGAACGUUUGUGGCAACUGCCAAACCAGUGUCCCUGGGCUCAAAAGCAGCAAAGGAGAAGAAGGAGGCACUGGUGAGCCCGGAAAGUAUGAUUCUAUAGCCCAGAAGGGUGACAUGGGGCCACGGGGUCCUCCAGGAAUCCCAGGCAGAGAAGGACCAAAGGGAAGCAAAGGAGAACGGGGCUACCCUGGCAUACCUGGGGAGAAAGGCGAUGAGGGUCUUCAAGGAAUUCCAGGCAUUCCGGGUGCUCCAGGUCCAAUUGGACCCCCCGGCUUGUUGGGAAGAACCGGACAUCCGGGUCCCUCUGGAUCUAAGGGUGACAAGGGCAGUGAAGGACCUCCUGGGAGACCUGGACCUCCUGGCCCGCCUGGUGUGCCAUUCACUGAAGGAAAUGGAAUGAGCAGUUUAUAUAAAAUCCAGGGAGGCGUGACUGUUCCCAGUUAUCCAGGGCCCCCUGGACCCCCUGGCCCAAAAGGUGAUCCUGGCCCAGUGGGAGAACCUGGUGCAAUGGGUUUGCCAGGGCUGGAAGGAUUUCCAGGCAUAAAGGGAGAUCGAGGCCCAGUGGGUCCCCCAGGAGUAGCCGGCAUGGUGGGGAAACCUGGCACCCCGGGGCCUCCAGGAGUUCCAGGGGAACCGGGGGAGAGAGGACCUGUGGGAGACAUUGGUUUCCCCGGACCGGAAGGACCCUCAGGAAAGCCGGGAAUAAAUGGAAAAGAUGGAUUACCAGGUGCUCAGGGCAUCCUGGGUAAGCCUGGAGACAGAGGCCCCAAAGGAGAACGUGGUGAUCAGGGGAUUCCUGGAGACCGAGGCCCACAAGGUGAACAGGGAAAGCCAGGCCUUCCAGGCAUGAAGGGAGAUGUCGGUCCUGUGGGGCCACCUGGAAACAAGGGCUCUGUGGGGUCCCCCGGGCACCAAGGUCCUCCUGGUAUCCCAGGCGUCCCCGGCACUCCGGCUGAUGCAGUUUCAUUUGAAGAAAUAAAGAAGUAUAUUAAUCAAGAGGUACAAAGGAUUUUUGAAGAGAGGAUGGCUGUGUUCCUCUCCCAACUCAAGCUACCAGCGGCAAUGUUGGCUUCUCAAGCUCAUGGGAGGCCUGGGCCACCAGGAAAGGAUGGGUUACCUGGGCCACCAGGAGAUCCUGGACCUCAAGGCUACCGAGGACAGAAAGGAGAAAGAGGGGAACCUGGAAUUGGAAUUCCAGGGAGUCCAGGUCUCCCUGGGACUUCAGCUCCAGGGUUGCCAGGACCACCAGGUGCCCCAGGUCCCCAGGGACCCCCAGGACCUUAUGGAAGAUGUAACCCAGAAGAUUGCCUCUAUCCUGUAUCUCAUGCCCGUCAGCGGACAGGUGGGAAAUAAGCACACUGGAGGAGGACUUGAUUUUGGGUGAUAUCCUCUUGCUGUUGGAGCUAUCUUCAUACGGUCAAGCCCUCAUGAUAUGUGGGUGGCUUUUUUCUUUCUUUCUUUCUUUUUUUGUGUAGGCAGACAUUAAAAGCAACAAUUUGAAUCCUAUUUCUAUAGCGAUUGCGAUAUCAGCAUUUUUUAGAAUUUUUCCCAAAUUCAUUCCAUAUGUUUUGCUUCAGCAUUACUGAUUUUUAUUCAGGGUUUUCUAUGAAACACACAAGCAAAUCUUAUCAUUAGCUCUUCUUCAAGAGAAAAUUACAUUUUAUGAUUUAGUAGACUGAUGGUGAGGUACAUUUUGUAGUCUCAUCAACUUGUAUUUGGCCUUUGACUUCUGAAUUUUAAAGUUUCAGAGUUAUCUUGAGGUUUUUCUUGGUGGUUAAAUUUGCUGUCAUUGCUAAAAAAUGCCAUCUUUUUUGAUAUAGUGCAUUGCUCCUGCUGAAUGUUUUUUGACUACUUUUUAUAGCUUAAGAAUUCUUCCAUCACCCUACAUCCAUCCUACUUAUGCAGAGAAAUAGAUAGGCAAUAAGAGUUUCACUCUGUAUCAUAUUUUUGAGGGGUUACCAGGAGGCUGUUUUAUCAGGGAGCCC